GUGACACAAUCGUACGCGAUCUAUCUUUCGAGAAUCAAGUCUCAGAAAUACCUGGAAAUCUUUUAACAUGGCGCGUGUCAAUGACACAUUUUGAUGUUUGUUGUAUUUUCGCACAAUUCCUGAGAUUUUUCUGAAUUAUUUCUGAAACGCAGUAAAUUGCGAUUCCACAUGCAAAGAAUAGCUGCUGAUAUUGCGGUAGCGGAAUAAUUACUCGGUGAAAAUAUGACGUCGGUGGAUUCGGGAGUGGAGACGAGCAACGAUUCAAAUGACAACUCAAACGUUCAGCAAGAAGCUCAGCAUGUUCCUGGUCACUCAGCGUGUCCCUAUCACGCUGCCAGUUAUCCCCCAGUUGUCGAACCUUUGUUUUUCAAAGUGACGUCGAUGAGAAAGCAGUGUUGUUCUAACAGUUGUGAUAACUUUCAGCUAUCCGGACACAUUUGUGACCGUCGUGACAUACUUAGAAAAACUUAUGCGAUAGACAAAACAAUAGACAAACUGAAAAGAAUUAGAAAGAGGCACAAUGGUAUAUGUAAAGAAAAGUUGAAAACAAGACUAAAUAUAGCAGUGUGCUUAAAUAACAUUUCAAUGGCUGAAACUUUCUUGCAAAAUUCUGGUCCUCCCAACUAUCAAGAUGCUUUCGGACGAACUCCUCUUCAUUAUGCUGCUUGCAAGGGUUACACAGACAUAGUUCGAUUAUUACUGAAAAAAGGUGCCAAUCCAAAUCUUCACGAUUGCAUAGGCAACACUCCGUUGCAUCUAGCCACAGUCACCAGUAAUCACGAAAUAGUGAAACUACUUGUGGAAGCCGGCACCGAUAUCCAAGCGCCAGAUCUACGCGGCAAGAAUCCACUGAACUUAGCAAUGACUAAAUUGAGAAUGUUGCAAAGCUACAAGAACGAAGACAUGAUAGCGCUCAGAAAAGAAGCUUACGAAAUAACGCAACUGUUAACCAUGCACUUAAAGGAAAAAAUGCAAAACGAAGCGAAAGCGCAGAAACAGAUAGAAGUAUUGACCGAUUUUUGUUCGCGUCUCUCGUUGUCCAACACUUCGGAUCAGGUUCAAGAUGGCGUUAAAGAUUUAUUGGAGAACAUAAAUGCUCUUGAUAUAACAGGGUAGUCGCUUCGUUAGUUGUGCGCGCGCAUGGUACCGUUGCAAUUUGACAGUCAUAUACCGAGUUAUUAGAAACAAAACAGACCAAAACAGUCUUGUGUUUCAGUUUUGUAUCACAUUUGUCGUCUUAUUCGUAACGGUUUUCUUUUGACACGUUUUUUCAAACUCUCAAAAGAAAUUCAGAUUUAUACAUAUAUAAAUAUCUUUCAUAACACACAUUCAUUUAAAAAAUCUCCAUAAUACCCUUUAGUUUUAGAAGCUUUGUAUGUAAUUGCGUAAUAUUAUACAUGACUUUUUGCAUCAAACGUAGGUUUUUUUUUUUUUCAGUUUGUUUCAUCAAAAUUUGAAUCACAUCAAGAAUUUAAUGCAACUGCAACACAUUGUGUUAAGAAUCUACGUUGUAUAUUGUUUAAAAUAGAAUAUUCAAAACUGAUGAAAUAUCCAGUAGGUGUUUUAUAAAUUCAAUAAAAAAAUCAACUGUCCAGAAUUUCAAUAUUUUGAAAUUGCGUAUAUAGAGUGCGUUGUUAUAAACCCAAAUUAUUACUUAUCUGUUGUGUUUAUUAUAGUGUGUCGCACACAAUAUUUUUUUUUACAAUAACAGUAUAAAAACA